AUGGCCAACACCACCGUCCAAGGCGCCAAAGCCAUCCACGGCCAAAAUCCUCAGUUUCUAGUUGAAACAGUUAUUCGAAAUCGGAUUUAUGAUUCGUCGUAUUGGAAAGAGCACUGUUUUGCGUUGACCGCUGAGAGCAUCAUCGACAAGGCUAUCGAAGUGAAAUAUAUUGGAGGAGUCUAUGGAAACCAGCGUCCUACGGAAUUUGUGUGUCUGCUGUUGAAGCUGCUGCAGAUUCAACCUGAGAAGGAGAUUCUGAUAGAGUACUUAAGGGCGGAUGAGUUCAAGUAUUUGAGAGCUUUAGCGGCAUUGUACAUACGGAUGACGUUUAGGCCAGUCGAGGUGUACGAAUUGCUCGAGCCGUUAUUGAAGGAUUAUCGAAAGCUUCGGCAGAGGACUAUGACUGGCUACACGCUAACAUUUAUCGACGAGUUUGUCUACGCGUUGCUAACAGAAGAACGCGUGAUCGACCUCAUCCUGCCUCGACUACCUAAACGAGAAAUUUUGGAAGAGAAUGGGGAGCUGGGACCGCGGAAGAGUCGGCUGCUGGAUGCUAUGGAAGAUAGGGACGAGAGUGAGCGUGGAAGGAGUCGAAGUCGGAGCGGGAGCAGGAGUUCGAGGAGUCGAAGCAGGAGUUGGAGUGGUGGAAGGAGUCGGAGUGGGAGCAGGAGCAGAAGCAGAAGCAGCAGUCGUGGAAGGAGCAGAAGCAGGAGCCCUGUUGUGGGCUAUAUUUCGAGGACUCCAAGCCGCAGUCAAAGCAGAAGUCCCCGUCGUUCAAGGUCUGUUUCGAGUGCGGGUUCGCGCUUCAUCUCUCGCAGCCCGUCGAGGUCUCGUUCGCGGAGUCGCAGUAUCUCUCCAGAUAGGAUGGAUGUGGAUGCGAAGAAGGAUUAG